AUGCUCCCAAAACUCCUACUCACUCUAUCGACCCUCGCCACCGCCUACGUUCUCCCCUCAGACGACUUACUGAGCGACAAAUGCACAUUCACACUCUGGCACCGCCAACAAUCCUCAGUCAACUACAUCCAACUGAACACAAUCCUGGACCACGCAAGGAACAUAUCAAUCGACGUCGCAUCUUCGCGACCAGUUACGGCGUUCAAUAGUUACACGCGCCUUGAUCACGACCAUGCCUUCGCGGUGGCGGGAUUGUUGGACGAUGAGAGGUUGACGGUCACGCAUGCUGGGGAUGAUGUAUUGAGGUUUGAAGUCGGAGAGGUGAAGUGGAGCACGCGACGGGCGUAUGGGAAGCAGGGUGAAGAAGGGAGGUUUGUGAGGGCUUGGUGUGAUGCUUGGGAGUGGGAAGGUAGUCCUAGGAGAAGGGAGCGAAAGCUAGGCUGCGCAUUUCCUUGCGAGAAGGUAGCUGAUGAGGAUCUUGGGAAAGAAGAGUAUGAAGGUGUACGCGAAGGGGAUAGUCAGGCCAGGGUCGGUUUGCAGUGA